AUGAGCGGUGAAGGCUAUGUUCGCCCCUACAUCCGCGACAGAGUCGUGAUUACGGCUCAGUGUCUGUGCAAGGCACACACCUUCAAGGCUCAGACUUACAGGUCCAACCUGCCUCUGAAGGCCUCAUGCUGCCACUGCAACUCAUGUCGACACGUUUCGGGCGCGCUGUAUACCGCGUGUGUCAAGUGGCCAUCGCCUUCUGAGCACCUGGCCGAUCUCAAGAAGUACUCUUACUCCGAUAGCAUCGACCUCUACUCCUGCGGAACAUGUUCGGCACAGAUGUUCUGUCUCGGCCCCGCCGUUGGAGACGUUCCUUGGGUGGUCACUGGCGCGCUUGAGAACGCCGAGGACUUGGUUCAGUACGCAAGCCACAUGCACGUCGGAGACACCAUCGACGGGGGAGCUUCGGUCUGGUUGCCUCGGUACGCGGACGGCGCGCCGGUCAAGCGGUGGAGAGAAGGCGCCGGGAAGAGCGAAGAGUUGCCGCUAGAUUGGCCUGGCGCCAAGGCCUUGUCAUUUGAGACUCUCAAAGCUGGCCCAACUCCCGACAUCACGCCGUUCAGGUGCCACUGUGGUGGUAUCGACCUCAAGCUGAAAAGCGGCGCUGAUCUCGGAGACUUCCCGGAAGAGGACCUCGACACCUGGUUUGUCGACAAAGAAACGCUGAAGUACCGCGGAAGUCUCGAAUGCUGCGACUCUUGCCGACUCAGCUUUGGAGCAGACCUGAUGGCGUGGACCUUUGCUCCUCUAUCGCACAUUGAUUUUGGCGGAGACAACCCACCAGACGCAGCCAAGUUUCCCAGGAACGUCAGCUACCUGAGAGACGCAGCCACGGCUAAAGACAAGGAUCCACGUUUGGGUACGCUGGCGAUGUAUGAAAGCUCUCGGGACGUCCAGCGUUACUUCUGCUCAAAGUGCUCGGCCAGCGUCUUUUACGCGGUCAACGACCGACCCGGCAUGGUGGAUAUCGCAGUUGGACUGCUGCAGCAUCCUGAUGGGGCUCGUGCGGAAGGGCUGCUUAAGUGGCUUGACAAAGUUGGUUGGGCGCAGGAUGUCGCGGGAGGGUGGCGGGAGGGGCUUGCGAACACAUCGAAGAGGCUUCUAAACGAGUGGACCGACAAGACUCAAGGACCUGCCCACUCAAGUCAUUAG